AUGGAUGCAGCUGUCAUUGAUGUCAACCUGUUUUCGUGCGUAUGGCUAUCAUUGUAUGUGUGCUAUUCAGCAAGCUACUUGUAUUCUGGUCCUUUGGAAUAUUCAUGGAUGCAGCUAUCAUUGCUAAGUAUCGUUCUAUGGAUUCGGGAAACUGCAUCGUCUACAGCAUCCUUCAGUGUCAGCUUGCCUUAUUACAUCGUUCGAUGGUUUUCGUUACUGUACCACCUAUUGGACACUUCCUUUUAUAAGCAUCUGCAGCGGCAAGGCAACAAGUUCUAUACCUUUUGGUGUCGCCAAGUUUUAUCUCGUCUUAAUGUGGUCCUAGUUGUUGACAACCCUUUCAAUGGAUAUCCUGCUACGCAUGCCUGUUACCGGUGGAUCAUAUCAGCUACAAGCAAGAAGCAGCAAUGA